CAAUCUACAAUGGAGUAGUGUUUUAUGCCCGAUGUCUUCACGUCCAGUUAUAUCUGGUUAUAUCUUGCGGUUUGGGUCGGAUAUCCACGUGGGGAGUUUCAAGAAGAAGAAGAAUCUUGCGGUUAAUAUAUAUCCAGCAAGAUCGCGUGAAUCGUGGCGGCACGUGGUAAUUGGUAACAUAUACAUAUAUAUAACGCGUGGCUUGUUUUGCCUCAUUCUAAAAAAAAAAAGGAAAAAGAAAUAUCUAUAUGUUACGAAAAUGGCAAAGCUCAGUUCGUAUUACACGCUAUGUCCGCUCAUCGACCAGCAGAGCUUACUGGGUGUCGAGAAGGACAAAGAACCAGGCUGCGCUGUUGUGACACUUGGCAAAAAUAUAAUUAUACGAUAUAAGCUGCAAGACUUAAAGCAGAUCAGCAGCUGGUCUAGCAAAGAAAGAUUGACGACGCAAGUCAUCUACGAUAGGUCCAAACAGCGUUACGUCGCUGUGUUUAACGAUAGAAAGAUAAGAGUUUGGUCGGAGGAGGAGACAGACUUGAACAACAUCAAAGGAUACAAGUUUCCAUCCCCGCUUUACACUAUUCUGUCGUAUGGUGAUUCGUCGCCCAUUCUUGUUCAGCGAAAUGGAGCUACAGCCACCCUAGAAUGGGCCAUUGACAACAGGAAGACGUGGACGAGCAAGGGUAUAAUUAAGGCUAAGGAGAUAUUGUUUGAUUGCCAGUUGAUACAUUUAAAUGAAAAGACGAGUUUGUUUUGCUUAACAAGAAUAGAAGAGGUCUACAACUAUGUAGUAGUUAAAUUGGAGGACGUGACCUGUUUGGAGAAAGCCGAUACCAUCCGGAGGACAGAAUUGAAACGAAAGUCCGAGGAUCUCACAGGGCACGUGACGAUAUACCACAAGAACGAUGCAUACCUGUUGACUUUAUGGUCACACGGCAGAUUGUACAGUCACUCGUUGACAGAGAUCUCUUCCGAUAUGGAAUCUAACAGGUUGGUCAGUGUAAUAACGGGUAUAAAUACAAAGUAUCCUGUUGUCAUGACGCAUCUGACCGAAACAACUAUAGCGAUUUAUGGUGCUGAUAUCACAGAUGAAGGGGCUAUACUCGUGAUAUACAAUGUACAGUUUAAAUCAGCGCAAGCGGUACAAAAGUUGAAGCUUUACACCAACGACGCCAAACUCUGGAAAGUCGAGGACAAAUUAUUGCUCGCGGCAAACAGACACUUGGCUGUCGCGCCCUAUCGCCUCGCGCCGCAAAGAAUAGCUGCUAUGUUGGGUUCAUCUUUACGCUUUAGGAGCGAGAACGAUGGAAACGCGGACGAUGCGGACGAUAUUGUUGUAAUACAGGAAGCGACAGUGGCACAAUGGGACAAGAAUCGAACGUGCACAAGAAACGCAUCAAUAGGCCGAAUACCUUCCAAUAUCUCGAAAAAGAUUAGCACCUAUUUAAACGAGGGAUGGAGCGAUGCCACGAUACAAGAGACGUUAAUCCCGUUAUUAAUGGAGUCUGGUGACGUUGCGUCGAUCUGUUGGUGCCUCGACACGUUUCAAGAUUUGCCAGAAAAAUUACUGGUAGACCUUUUGGCGUUUACUUUGAAAAGUCCAGAUGAAGUAUUCGUCCCUUUGAAAAACGGCACAACCGAUAGUACAUUGAGAGCAACGAAUCCCUACUCAAGAGACAAUUUUCUCGAUAAAAUUUUUAGCGUUGGUUAUUCCAGUGUUUCUUUGUUACCUCAUCUGAAAACCGGUGUAACUUUUGAUCAAGCACUUCGACUAUUAGAAUAUCUAAUGCGCAAAUUGAACGAGGAAACGGACUCGCUUGACGAUAAUCCGCAACCAAACGACCAGCAAUUGUACGAGUGGUUCUGUGUGCUUCUAGAUUCUCACUAUCAACAUUACUUAUUGUCGCAAGACACUAAUGUUUUAGAGCUUUUCAAUCGACUGGAUUCUAUCCUAGAGGAACAUUUUCAGUUUCUGCAAAACCUUGCGAAUUUGAGACCUAUAAUAGACAGGACAAACAAUGGAAAAUCAUUACGAUCUUCUUCAAGAAAACAUAAUAAAUUUUACUCUAUAGAAGAAAUAAAACUUUAUUAAAUUAUAAACGAGAGAUACGCGUAUCUUUUAUGUAACACUGUUAGAUGAAAUAUGUAUUUUUUUUUAUACGUACAUAUUUUUCUAUUUAUUUUAAUUUAGCAGAGAGCGACGUAGAGGGAGAUAGACGAAAUAAAUGUCGCGGAGAUAUUCAA